CAUUCUUGUCGGUGCUCAACUUGUAAUUAAGAAGAUUAUAUUUCUUUUGAUUUGCAACUUCAAUUCUGUAUAUGAUGAUAUCAAUAGAUAUUAAACGUACUAUGUGUUGUAGUGUACAUUGCUAGUACAUGGAUAAAUGAUAAAAAAAAAGUUAUAACAUAUCAGUCUUAAAAUAUAAAAAAACCAAAAAUGACAAAACAUUGACUUUUCAAAGAACGCCAUAUAUUAUCGAUAAAUAUGCAUGUGUAUCAUAAAAGAAAAUGGCUUGUUUUCCCGUACAAAAAUUAUAUAGCAACGUAUCAUUAAAAAAUGUGGAUUUGUUACUAUAUAAUACUUCUUAAGAGAAAUGAAUCAUUUCUUAAAGAAACAUAUCCAAGUUUUUUUUAAAACACCAAUACUAAUGGUAACACUCCAUCAUCUUAAUCUUAAUCCAAUAACGGUAUCGAUCAAUCUUGAAACGGAGAAGAACUCUCGAUCAUCUCAUCGAUCAAUCAAAGAUUCAAAAUCAUAAAAGAAUAUUGAUCAUCAACUUCAACGAUGUAUGUAGACACUUACCAUUUGUUUAUGGGUAAAGAAGGCGGGAGGUAUCACAAUGUAGCCUCCUGGCGCAUGUAUCUCGGCCAGUAGAUUGAGAUUCUCCUGUGUCUUGCAUACGGCCAGUAACAUCAUAGUAUCUCUUUGAAAUUAAGAUUGUGGCAUCGAUCGAUACAAAAAAACAUAUCGAGGUUUUUUUUAAAACAUCAACAUGCAAUGCGAUGCAUUGGAAAAUAAAAGACAAAUUCUAAUACAAAUUAUUACUGCUAAUAGUAGUCAAAUAAUUACCGCCAAAUCAUUACUGCUGAUAAAACAAAUUAUUACCGCUAAUAUCUCUUCGUCAUCAAUCUAACAGUCACUCGAAUUCGAUGAUCACAGUGAUUUAAUACCCGAUGAAGAGGAGCAUAAUCGGAUUGGACUCAAUCUCGUUUCUUAUGAUUCAAAAUAUGUUUAAUCGGAAUGACGAAUUCACUGAUGCGAUCGAUGCGUUGGAGGUGGUGUGAUAUCUCAUGAUUGAGGGAUUGACAACAAAGAUUAACAUUGGGAACAAGAUGGUUCUUGAGGAAAUACAACGAGGAAUACAAGUUUUGUGAAGAGUGCGGAUGAGAAGAGCCAUGGAGAUUUUCAUGUUUGCUGUCGAUGUUAAGGUAUGGAGUUUUCUCGUGUGAAAUCGAACUGAAGUAAACCAAAAUUAAACCGAAUCGAAAUAGUUAAACCGAUAGACCAAAGAAUUUUAGAUAUCAAUUAGUUGCAUGCUAGUAGAGGGCUUUUAAUGCGAAUGCAAACAACUAAUAAUGGCUUCCGUUAUAAAUAUGGCUAAAUAAAAUUUUGAUAUUACUGUUCUAAGUAAAUGCAUUAAUCAUUUAAUUAACCAAAUCAACAGUAAAUUAACAGAAACGGAAGGAAAAAUAAGCUUUGAGGAAGAAGAAGACGAACCCUUGAACAUUCGAGUCUUUGCGCAAUUCCGAUUUCCGAAUCGGAUCCUUAUAAUUUCUCGUCGAAGACCUGAUUAUAACGUCUCUAUUGAUCGCUGCGAUGCAUUGAGGAGGAGGCGAUAAAAGAUGAUGUUUUGCAGAAACGUCUCCGUGAGACGGAAGAAGAAGAAGAAUCCUGGAUCGGUGCCUGUUUAUCUCAAUGUUUACGAUCUCACCCCUAUGAAUGUUUACGGUUAUUGGCUCGGAAUCGGAAUCUAUCACUCUGGUCUUGAAGUUCAUGGUGUUGAAUAUGGAUAUGGGGCACACGAGCAUUCAAGUACUGGGAUCUUCAAAGUGGAGCCAAAGAAGUGUCCUGGUUUCACAUUCAGGAAAUCGAUCCUGGUGGGUGAGACGGAGAUGAAGGCGAAAGAAGUUGGAAGCUUUAUGGAGGAACUAGCAGAUGAGUACCAGGGGAGCAAGUACCACCUCAUCACAAGGAACUGUAAUCAUUUCUGUAACGAUGUUUGUUUAAAACUAACUCAAAAGUCAAUCCCUAGUUGGGUCAACCGUCUUGCUCGCUUAGGUUUCCUCUGCAAUUGUGUGUUACCGGCUAGCUUGAACGAGAUGAAAGUGAAGCAGGUAGGUACAGACGGGAAGCUCUUGGAGGUAGGAGAAAGUAAAAAGAAUAAAAAGAAGAAGAAGAAAAAGAAGGCGAGAAGCAGAUCGGGUCCUUUAGCUUCUUCUUCAUCUGAUGCACGGGUAGAUAAUAAUAAGCCUUCACAUGCAAGAUCAAUAUCAACCGGUAAUCCUCCUUGUUCUGCUUCUUUUUGUCCUUUGAAGUAACAAAGAGAUCGAGUUCCUUCUGUUGCAUCUGGAGCUCAAGAUUAGAUAACCCCAAGGACAUGAUUCUUUGUCAUUGUUUGAAAAGAUAAUUAUAUAUAUAUAUAUUUGUAUAUGAAUGUGAUGUGAGGAGGGUCCUUGUAUUUUAUUCACAAGUGUUAAUAACCCUUUUGGUUAUUGUUAUAGGAGAAUCAUCAAAAUCUGCACAAAAGUGUGUGUAAAUUCGACUUUCCUCUUUAUGCUUUGGAUGUAAUUUUUUGAAUAUUUGUACAAAUUACUUUUCUGAAUGUUAAAUUCAAUUAAAAUAAGUUGACUUGUUUAUCUUUCUUUUAAUAUGUUGGUCCUCUGGUAAUUUUGGGACUAAAAGAGUUGCUGUCAAGUCCAAAAGAUUGUACUUAAAAUCGCAGCAGCCUGUGUAUGACAUGAAAGUGUUUGAACUCUGUCCAGUCAGAUAUCUCUGUCACAUUCUUCGUUGCAGAUCAGGUUACUCUAAUUAAAACACUUGAAACAAGUAACAACCCAUGAAAGUACAUACGUACCUUGGAACAAGACAGGAAAGUCAAUAACAUGUUUUAGUACGUCACUGAAAAAGUAAAGUCAAUAACAUGUCUUAGUACAAAACAAAAGAGAGUUGGAAGUUUUAGUUGGGCCUUAACUAACCCUUAGGGCUUUGCUGUUUCAGAAUCACAUGAGACCCUCCUAUAAAUAUCUUUCAAGGUACAAUCCUCUCUUCCCCCCAGCUACAACAAAAACCCUAAUCCGCCGUUUACCUAAAAACUCACAUUCUUUACUUUUGUUUUAGUAGAUUCCUUUUCUAAUUACCUUCGUAUAGACUAAUAAUGUUCGUUGUGAUAGGAUCCAUUUGAAUGCUUCUUAGUUCUUAUGAUCUGUUAUUGGUUAGUUCUCAUAAUUGAGCUUAGAUGUUUUUUUUCUUUUCGGUUUGAAGCGUUUCAGAAAUCCCUGUGAUGAUUAUUAUGAUUAAAAAUGUUAAAAGUAGUGACUGAUAUCUUCUUGAUUAGAAACUAUCAGCUCUGAGGGAUUUUCAACUGCUUCUUUGUUUUUUUCUUGUGUUUAUGAUUUGAGUUCUUGUUUGCUUAAUAUUCAGUUGUGUGGCCUUAGCUGGAUCCCAAUGAUGAUGAAUAAAUAAAAAAAUGUUAAAAGUAGUGACUGAUUAUAUACCUUGACGAAUAAUCAAAUUCUGAGGGAUCCAGCUAUUUCUUUCAUAUUUUUUUUAUGAUAGAAGAAUGUUGUUCGGUUGGUUUAGCUAUUAAGAGAAGCUUUAUUUGUUGAUGUUCAGAGUGAUGACUGAUGAAUUAUGAAUUAUGAUUUUGCUUUUGCUCGGAGUUUCGUAAUGUUUAUCUCUUCGUACUCAUAGUGAUUUGCUUGCUGUUUCUUUACUCAGUUGUUUGUAGCAUCCAUUUCAGUUCCCAUUUGUUUUCAAUCUUGUGACCGCAUUGUUAUUACUAAGAUUUUCCAACAUUAUGUGUAUUUCCCCUGUUCUUGCCUGAACAAAUGAAAUCUGGAUGUGUAUUUUUAAGAUUCAGGAUACGAGAGUACUAGGUUGUCGGUUGCAUGACUGCAUCAGAGGAAACUUAAUUGACAAUUCCAAAAUACUAAUUAAUUUUGUGAAGGGUACUCUGUGCAGAGUCAAGUCCUUAUUGUAGACACUCGCUCAAUACAAAUUCUCUUUAAAUCCAUUCAUAAUUGUAUGGUUGUUGUGUUGAUCCUAGUGUUGUACUAAUUGGUUAAACGAUAGUUUCCUGUAAUCAUUCAUUACUGUAGGUAUGUGAAAGUAAAUGUACUUGUAGUCGUGAGAUAAAUUUGAAUGAUUGAAUCUAUUCCAAAAAGAUUGCCAUGAAUAUUUGCAACAAAAUUAUAUAACAGAGACAUCUUACCCAUAAACUAUAAAUUUUAAACAAUGUAUAACAAAUAACAAAUACUCUUUUAUCUGCAGCGGUUCUAAGGAAUAUUAAAAAAAUGUUUUUUUUUUCUAAGUUCAUAUCAACAUCAAUAGGAAUGAUAGGAAGGAUGUGAUUUUCUGGACUAGACUGGUGCCGAUGAUCUAAGUCUAGUUAGGGUAGAAAUUCUACUUUCAAAUACCUACAAGCCACAUUCUACCGUAGAAUGUUGAUGGUAUAUUGAUAGACCGUGGAAAACGUACUACCGAAAGAAUAAGAGAAAUGAUAGAGGAGACUUGGUGGAAAGAAGAGUCAAUGAAGUGGACUUGGAUUGAUUUGCAAGAAGACAAGGUUAUGAAGUCGUUUAUGACUGACACUGUAAAUACUAUUGAAUGAUUCCUUUUCUCAUUAUGCAAAUUAUAUCUGAGAUAUUAGCUUUGACGAUAUGAGUCAGCUCUGACCGUUACGAGGUCAGCUAUCUUUAGUUACAAGUUGUAUGAGAUACACGUUUACUUCAGUAACAGAGUACUAGUAUUCACAUUCACGAUAACAAUUAAAUAAUAAAAUGGCACAAAGAAGAGACUAACUUCACAUUGAGGAUGCGAUGAUGAUGAUGAUCACAACAACAUAGAUUUUUGUUGUAUAAAGUGUGACAAAGAUUAUAUUAUGCUACAAACACACAAACAAGCAAACUACAUACAAAAUGGGCCUUAUGGCUUGGUUUUUGCUCGACUACAUAAUGGGCCUUGAACCGAAAGAAAGUAACUUUCAUAUAGUAAGCCCAGCCUUUUUUACUUGACUAGGGUUUCCUCUUACUAUAAGUCAAGAAAAGGUUAGUAGACGCCACUUCUCUUCGUUUAGCUUCGCUCAUCCCCAGCUGCAUAUCGCACGACUUCAAGAUGCCGUCCCACAAGUCGUUUAUGAUAAAGAAGAAGCUGGC